AUGAGGAGGGAGAACAAGAGCAGCGUGUCUGAGUUCCUCCUACUGGGGUUCCCCAUCCAGCCAGAGCAGCAGGGAGUGUUCUUCACCCUGUUCCUGGGCAUGUACCUGACUACAGUGCUGGGGAACCUGCUCAUCAUCCUGCUCAUCAGGCUGGACUCCCGCCUCCACACCCCCAUGUACUUCUUCCUCAGCCAGUUGGCCCUCUCUGAUAUUUCCCUUUCAUCUAUUAUAGUUCCAAAGAUGCUCAUGAACAUGCAGACUCAGCAACAAUCCAUUCACUAUGUGGGGUGCAUUUCUCAGAUGUAUUUUUUCAUACUUUUUGGUUGUCUUGACAGCUUCCUUCUUGCAGUGAUGGCAUACGACAGAUAUGUGGCCAUCUGUCAGCCACUCCACUACACCACUGUCAUGAGGCAGGAACUGUGUAUCUCAUUAAUAGCUGGAUCCUGGUUCUUCUCUUGCAUUCAUGCCCUGUUGCACACCCUGCUCUUGGUCCAAUUAUCUUUCUGUGCUGAUAAUACCAUCCCUCACUUCUUCUGCGACAUCACUGUGCUCCUGAAGAUGAGCUGCUCAGACAUCUCUCUCAAUGAGCUGGUCAUCUUUACUGAAGGAGGAGUGCUUUUCAUCCUGCCCUUGAGUAGUAUCUUGGGCUCAUAUGUCCACAUAGGGACAACUGUUCUCAGGAUCCCCUCUACCAACGGACUCUUUAAAGCCUUUUCUACCUGUAGCUCCCAUCUUUUUGUGGUGUCUUUAUAUUAUGGGACACUUGCAGGUGUUUACUUUUUCUCCACAUCAUGGGACUUCAGUGACAAAGAUAUAAUUGCUUCAGUCAUGUAUACAGUAGUUACCCCUAUGCUGAACCCCUUUAUCUAUAGCCUGAGGAACAAAGAUAUAAAACAGGCCCUAGAAAUCUUUGUCAAGAGGGCUAACUUUUAA